CUCUUUAAUUAAUUAAUGGGGCGUGGGGCGUCGAAACUAGACCACCGAAAAGGGGAGAUGCUGCCUAAACUGCCUCCUAUCCUCUGCCGAAAGCUCGAGGAGAUUAGGAGACGCAGGGCAGGGGCAACUCUUUCCAAAAAACAGCUCCUCAAGGAUGGCGAUGAGGAUGAAUGUGCAUCCAUUCAUCACAAUGAACGCAAAAGUUUAUCAUCUUUAUCAUCUGCGGAGCCUGAUGAGGAUAGCAUAGGAUCCGCCAAGGUAGCACCAGAGCCAACCGAGCCCAAGGAAAUCUUUUCUGAUCAGGAGGUUAUAGACCAAGAAAAAAGCACAGAACAAAAUAAUAAUAAAGAUAAUAACAAUGCUGAAGAGGAAGAUAAAGAGAAGGUAGAAGAGUUGGCCUUGGAAGAAACAGAAGAUGAAGAAUAUGGCAGGUUCAGCAAUGUAGAAGGCUCUCUUAUCUGUCCAGGAUCACCAAGUUUCAGAGUGUAUUACAUUGAAUCACUACAGAAUAAGGAGGAUAAUGGCAAGGAUGAUUACAUGAACAAAGGCUCGCUGAGUGAUACCGAUGUAGAUGCUGUUGAGACUGUUGAAUCCGGGAAGUCCACCGAGGAAUCGGUAGCCAAGAUAAAGAAGAGAGGAAGGAAAGGAAUGAAGUUUAGGAGGGUUGGUAGACCUGUCAAAAACUUCCUGAACGUCAAGUCGUGCUACUAUCCGUCUUGUGGUGGUCUCGAGAUAUCCCGUUUGAUCGCUGCAAAACCAGCAACAACGUAGGCUGUUCUGCUAUUGUUAAAGAGCGCUUAUCCCUCUCUUUCUUUACUUUUAUGACUUGUGUAAUUCUAUUCUUUGCAAAGAUAGGAACCGAAUGCAUCAAAUAUUGUACCAUAUGAAAUAGAUAAAAGAAUUUGAUAGCUAAAAGCAAAGUUAUUUUAUCUAACCGGUACUGACACAAAAUAAACCGAAAUACUAUGAUUAAAUCCAUUGGUCUAUUAA